GAGACUAGACGGCUGGUACACGUAAUACAAAUCAGUGGCAGGAUAGCGACUGUGCCUACUUUCAGAGAUGGCUGAUACUCUUCCUGCGCCAGGAGAUGCAUCGCAUGGCGACAACCGUCAAAACGGCCACCACCGCAAUUACGGAACCUAUUCUCAAACGGCUGCUUCCAUCAGGAGAAGACAAAUAUGCAAAAAUUGCUGCUUGUUAUUUAGUAGCAGCCUUGCAUUUGGAGGCUUGGUUUGCAUCCUUGGUCUAGGGCUAACUCGGCGCUAUGAUGAUUAUAGUCCACAAGAUCAAGUCAUGACGUCUCAAGACCAAAUUCCACUUGCAGCAUCAACCAUCUACUGUGACGGUGUUCAAAUUGAAGACAAGAGCAAUAAUGGGUUUAUUAACCUCUACGUUUUUCCUCAUACUCCACCCCUCACACUAUGGCAGACACUCACUGUGAGUGAAAACUUUACAAUUGCUCCAAAGGGUAAAAGUAUCUACUGGUCUUACUACAUGAAUCGAGGCUCUCAAGUUAAUGUAUCAUUAUGUGCUGAGCCAAGUAUAUCCUUGUAUGUGUUCAAAGGAAAAGGCAAUUUUGAUGGCUACGAGAACGACGACUCAUAUUACACCUUUUAUCACAACCAAUAUUCUGGUGUAUGUUUGAAUGGCACAAAUGGUAAUGAAUUCAUUCGUGUAAGUUCUGGAGAUGAAUACUACUUUUUGUUCAAAGACGACAAGUCUGUGAGAUCGGACGUCAACAUGACACUGUCCUUCAAUCGUACCAUGUACAACAUCUCAGCCAUGUCUGGAAAAACAUGUCAUGCCAAUCCAACUUGCUCUCUCCCACUUAACUAUGCAUCAAGUCAAUUUACUUUACUCGUUACAAACGACACUUUGCAGUCUAGUGAGAGCAUCAGUGUUCACUUGACAUGUAUUCCUCGUAACUGGUUCUAUGGCGUAGCAUUUGGACUACCUGGUGGAUCGUUAUUUGUGAUCUUCCUUGUCACCUUUUAUCUUUUUAUUUGCAGAGGAAGUAAACAUCGAUCUGGCUCACCACCAUUGCUGCCAGACUUCAAUCCGACGGGAGAAGUAGUACGUCCGCCCCCACUAAUGGUUCAAGUGACUCCGAGCAACACAACUAGGAUAUGAACAAACUCACAAACUUAAUGUUAGCUCUAUUUGCUGGCUUAGUGACGUACUCAUGCAACUAAACUUUAGUAGUAAACUGUUAAUCAUAUAGUCAUAUCAGUAGUUUAUACAAGUGUACGAAAUCUAGCUACUAAAGUAGUCAUGUGCGUUUUGAUUGGCAUGGAAUGUACGAGUACAUGGA